UGUGCGUGUGUGAGUGUGACGUGGUGUUCUAUAGAUAAUGGAAAGGAAGCAAGUUUCGUCUUAAUAAUCACCAAAUACGUCGCCGAAUUUUCUCCGAAUUGUCACAAAGUGCAGCUAAUAUUUUUGUGAAUUUUACUGUUUUGUUUUUAUCCGUGUUGUUUGUAUUAAAUCCGUCCGGCUAUGCUUUUAACGUACAUCGCAGAGUACUAUCGUUUUUGAAACCGAUAAUUUGACAGGUUUUUAGGUCGGUUUGUGCCACGGGAAAUCAUGGACCCAAAUUCUAGAUACAAUUAUUUUCAUCAAAACCCGAAUCCUCUCGUCAAUGGCCAAACGUUGUACAAUCAACCUGCUAACAUCAUGCAGACAGAAAAUGAUUUUGGUUCAAUAUCUCUCGAUAGAAAAUAUAACAAUCCUAAUGCUGUGCCAAUGGUAAACCAUAAUUUUUAUCAAAUGGAUAAUAAUCAACCUCGUUCUUCAGGACCACCUAGGACUAAUGCCAAAGGAAUAUACGAGAACUCUCAAUCUUCAAUUCCAGAUGUUUACAGUCUUGCUCAAUCAAAUGCUGAAAAUUAUCCUAUUAACCCAGAUUUCCAACUUCAACCCCAUCUUACUGGAUUAUUACCUCAACAACCUAAGAAAAUUCCAGAACCGUACUCCGUAGAAAAAAAUUUUUCUAGAGGAACUAUAGCUGCAAAUAUGAAUACUAACUAUUUUUCUGUUAAACCACCUUAUCCUGAACCAAAAAUUAUUGAAUAUGAUACGGAGGAAACUUCUACAGAAAGUUCACCUCAACAUACGUCUUCGUUAUAUUCUGAAAGUACUGACCAAGAUUCUGAAAGUAUACAACCGAUAAAACAUGCGUACCCACCUCCUAUAAAUCCUCCAAAUAUUAAUUGCCAUGUUACUGAAGAAUUAAAAUCUUCAAACAAACAAUUUCCCGUACCUAGUGAAUUUGCUGAUUUAAAUUUAAAUAAGGAAGAUUAUACUGAUGAUCAUCAUUCUAUAUUACAUAAUGCAUACAACCAAGACGAUGAUGAUAUCGAAGACAUUCCUUUACCACCUGGUUUCAGUGAUCAGAAUGAAAUAAAACAAACUAAAGAAAAUCUCGAAUCUCGCCUUAAUGAUUAUAAUGUACGUCAAAAGCAGCAAAUAAAUUAUUAUUCUAAUAAAAAUCAAAUUGAGCAAGCAGAGUCUAACAAUGAAUACAGUUCACCACCAAAGGACUAUUUAUUUAGUUCUAGGCAAAAUACCAAUCAGCCAGUUUCUCAUUUUAACAAUACAUCAUAUUUUAACCAGUCAUAUAAUAAUACAACACAGCCUAAUAUGUUUGAUUCCCGUACAGAAACAUCACAAAAUACAUCAAUAUUUUCACAGCCAUUUAGUAGUCAUGAAUCUCCUGUUACAAAACAAUCUGAAGAAAGUUCACAAUCAAUUAAGUUGAAUCAGCCAGAGGUAAUUACUCAAUCUGCUGUUCCAGAAAGUGCACCUCCAAUAGAUACUAAACAACAAUUUACUGAUAGCACUAUUCCAAAUGAUAAAAGUGGUUUGAACACUUCUGCUUUACAAGCAUCUAUCAGUCAAGCAAAUAAUAAUCCCACCAGUGCAGAUAACACAUUUGUGCAAAAUGAACAGAAUUUACAUAGCAAUGAAUCUUUAAGUCGGUUUUCAUCUAGUAAUUCUUUUAAACCAGUUGCGUCUGAAUUACUUAAUAAUGUUCAGUUAAAAACUAGUCAUCAAACAACAACUGAAGUUUCUCGUCCAACAAGUGUACAUUCUAACAAUUCUACAACUUCUAGUGGAAUACCAGGAAUUAUACCAAGUAGUUCACCUUUAAAUAAAACAACUCAAUUAAAUCAGAAUGUAUCAUAUCAACACACACAGAUUGAUUACACGACUACUAUUCAGAAACCAAGUAGUGAUAUAGAAACUUUUGUGUCAAGUUCUACAAUUUCACCAGCUCCAGGAGAUGAUUUAGUGAAUCAAAAAACGAAAUUAGAAAACAUUGAUUUAGUUAAUAAAUGUCCUGUUGAUAACAAUGCAGUGUUUGGAGAUACUUCAAAACUAGUUUCUUUACCGGAUUACCAAUCAAAUAGUUUCCAUACUUCAAACAUUACUUCUCAAAUAGCAACAAAUACUCAACAAUCUUUAGGUGAUACUAACAAACCUAAUGUGGCUAAUUCUACAAUCUUCGAUAAGCAGUCUUUAAAUAGCCCUGUUAACGAAGAACUUCAGCAAGCAAAUUCAGAAACUACAGUAAUGCAACAACGUUCAUCAAACACUAGUGGCUAUUUUAACUCGAGCAGUGUAAAUAAUCAGUCAUUUUAUCAACAACAUUCUAGUGUGGAUCCUUCAAGUCGAUCAUCAAGUGUAAAAACUGAAGACUUCUCAAGUCAACAGUACUCAACAGACAAUAGUUUUCCAUUAUCUGACGAAACCUUUGCAAAUAUAAAAGACGGAACUCAAACAAGUGAUCUUUAUAAGUAUGAUAACUCGGUAACAACUAGUGAUGUUAGAAAACCUUCAAUUUCUGAUGAGCUCAAAACAAAUCCUGAACGUAAUUUUUCAAAUUUUGCGUCUGAAGCUAAUAGCUCAUUAGUGUUUAAUCAACAUCAAACAACUGAUAACAAUUUAGUAGAAAAGUCAAAUGUUACAGUUUCAGAUAAUCAGAGUGCACCAAUGAGUGCUAGUACUAUCAUAGCUGCAUCAUCAUCAUCAGGUUCAAAAUCAAUACAGUCAUUUUUCAGUCAGCCAAAUGCUUCAUGUAAUGAGUUUGUUAAGCUUCCUGUUGAUUCUUCAUCAUCAACUAAUUUUAGUUCAGAAGCACCUAGUAAAGAGCUUUUGAAUCAGACAACUAGUAUUCAACCAAAAGAAAUUGACAGUGAACCGUUGAACCAGUUAGUUUCAUCAAAAGUUCAACCAGUUAGUAAUCAAGCACAUGUUUCUGCAUUUCAAAAUAUGUCUACUCAGAUGAAUGCUAUGAGCAUUCAAUCACCGGGUGUUUUUAAUCCUCAGACUAAUCAGUUACCAAUACAUUCAAAUUUAGUACAACCACCAGGUAAUCAGUUCACAUCAGAUAACCAACAAAUAAGAAGCUCUGUACCUUAUCAAACAGCUAAUCAAUUUCCUUCCCAAUUAUUCGAUAAUCAAUUCAAACCUAUUGGACCAACACCUGUUCAAUCAACGAAUAACCGCUUUGCUCCACAGCCACUAAACAGUAAACCAAUACAGAAUGUUACAUCUGUUCCUCCUACAGCAAAUCAGUAUCAACCACAACCUUUUCAGAGUCAGUCAACACCAAGUUUUAUUCAGCCUCUACAGCCAGGAAUUCCUCAAAUUCCUCCACAACAAUUGAGUAAUCAACCAGUGCCUACUAAAAUGGCACCUAUUCCACCUCCGGCUCAUCAGGAUUCUUCUCAAGUGUUUAAUAAUCAAUUUAAACCUAUUGGAAUGCCACCUGUUCAAACCACUAAUAAUCGCUAUCCACCACAGUCGACAAACAGUCAAACUAUACCAAACACUGUUUUGCCUACUCAACCAGCAGCUCUACAAUUUCCUCCUCAGCAGUUAAACAAUCAAUCCAAGUUGACAGAAAUGCCUCCAUUACGACCUGCUGCUAACCACUAUCCUCCUCAACCUCUGAAUAGUCAACCCCCUUCAAUUGUUCCACCUAUUCAACCAGGAUCAACUUUGUUUUCUCAAUCAUUCAGUAGUCAACCCAAGUAUGUGUCACCUACAGCCAAUCAAUAUCCUUCGACUUUUAAUAAUCAAGAGAGGACUACUGGAAUGCCACCGAUUCCACCAUCAUCAGGAAGUGUAUAUCCACCACGACCUACCCCUAAUCAACAGACAAACUCAAUUUCAACUACUCAGCCUGUGGUUAAUCAGUACCCUUCACAGCCAUUUAGUAAUGAAGCUAAACCUAAUGGAAUGCUACAAUCUGCCAAUAUGACUGCUCAGCCUACUUUUAGUCAAUAUACUUCACAGCCUAUGACUGAAACAAAGUCUAUUCUACCAAAUAAUAAUUUACUAUAUGGUCAAACAAAUCCACCCCAACCAUUGAAUAAUCAAUGGCCAACACAAGCUAGCACAAAUCAAAUAGCUCAACCACCUGUUGGACAGCCUCCUUUGACUGCAAAAUAUCCAAGUCAAAUAAAUCCAAUGCUCUCUCAACCACCAUUACAAAAUUCACAAUAUAACCCAACUAACAUUACGGCCAUGCCUCCUACUUUGCCCUCUGGAUAUAACCAACAAACACAACAGCAAAUGUUACCUCCGAGUUAUAAUAAUCAAUUGCAAGGAAAUAGUCAGCUACAGUCGGCAUAUCCUACACAAAAUGUCCAAUUAACAUCAAAAGGAUUUUCCCAACCAAAUAAUAUGGGUUAUUCAGGGCAAACAGCUUACCAGCAAUCUGCUGUUGGACAGGCACAGCAAGGAUAUUAUAACCAAGACAGAAAUCCUUCAGUUGUACAACAAGGGUUUGCUUCAUCAUGGGGUUAUGACACUGUUGAUCUAUUAAAAACAAGAGAUAUAUUACCGGGAGAUGGUGUUCAACCACCAGAUAUCAAAUUGCCUCAAGGAUAUGCAAAUUGUGAUAAUUGUUCACCCGAUAUAUUCCGCUGUACAUUAAACAAGUUUCCUGUGUCUAAAACAUUAUUGGAUAAGAGUAGAUUACCUUUGGGUAUAUUGAUUCAUCCUUACAAAGACCUUUCACGUUUAACUGUGAUACAAUGUGAUACUAUUACAAGAUGCCGUAAUUGUCGAUCAUACAUCAAUCCAUUUGUUCAAUUUAUCGACAAUGCACAUUGGAAAUGUAAUCUAUGUUACAGAGUUAAUGACUUACCUGGAGAAUUUCAAAUUGAUCCUUACACUAAAACCCUCGGUGAUCCAUCUAGAAGACCAGAAAUUCAAAAUGCCACUAUUGAGUAUAUAGCUUCACAAGAUUACAUGGUAAGACCUCCUCAACCUGCUUUGUAUUUAUUCCUCUUGGAUGUAUCGAGAACAGCUACUUUAACUGGCUAUUUAGAAAUUGUUUGUGAUCGAAUUUUAAAUAAAAUUAUGUCGAAUGAUAUACCGGGUGAUACACGUACACAAAUUGGAUUUAUCACUUAUGACUCGGCUGUGCAUUUCUAUCAAAUUGCUGCAAGCAAUGAUGGGGCAAAACCAAAGCAACUCGUAGUUAGUGACAUUUCGGAUAUAUUUUUACCUCUACCUGAUGGAUUAAUGGUUACCUUACAAGAAAACAAAUCUGCAAUUAAAGACUUGCUGACUAGUUUGCCAGAACAAUACAAUGAAACGUACAAUACUGGUUGUGCUUUGGGAGCUGCCUUACAAGCAGCUUUUAAAAUACUGGCGCCUAGAGGCGGUCGUGUCACAGUAUUCCAAGCAAGCCUACCAAAUUGUGGCCCUGGCAGCUUAGAACCUAGAGAUAGUGGUGCUGCUAACACUAGCGAUCGUGUACAGCACAUGGCGCCGUCUACAGAUUUUUACAAAAAGUUGGCUUUGGAGUGUAGUGCUGAACAAAUUGCUGUUGAUAUGUUUUUCAUUUCAUCACAAUACUUGGAUAUUGCUAGCAUUUCUGGAAUAUCAAAGUUCUCUGCGGGCUGUAUUCACAGUUUCCCACAGUUUGAUAACAAAUCGCCUACUGUUGUAACAAGAUUUAUCAACUGCUUCGACCGUUACCUAUCCCGCAAAAUUGGAUUUGAAGCUCUCUUGAGGUUGCGCUGCACUCGUGGAGUAGCGAUACAUUCGUUCCAUGGGAAUUUCUUUGUUCGUUCUUCUGACUUACUUAUGUUACCGAAUGUCAAUCCUGAUAGUGCGUAUGGUAUGCAAUUGUCUAUUGAAGAUAGUUUAGACGGUGUGCCAGUUGUAUGUUUCCAAGCAGCUUUGCUUUAUACAUCUAGCCAAGCCGAACGACGAAUUCGGGUACAUACCAUGUGCGUGCCAGUUACAGAAAAUUUGAAUGACAUUUUUCAAAAUGCCGAUCAACAGGCCAUUACAUGUUUGAUAGCUAAAAUGGCUGUCGAUCGUAGUACAGAAAAGUCAUUAUUAGAUGCUCGAGAAGCUUUUGUCAAUGCCAUUUCAGAUUCACUUUCAGCAUACAAACUGGGUUGUAAUUCAGUUGGUGGUUCUGGGUCGAUGUUAGCUCCAGUAUCCUUGAAAGUGUUCCCACUGUAUAUUUUAGCAACAUUGAAACAUAGUGCUUUCCGAACUAGUCAACCGACCAAACUGGAUGAUAGAAUUUUCAGUAUGUGCCAGAUGAAAAGUUUGCCUCUCUACAGUCUUAUGCAAUUUAUUUAUCCCGACUUAUACCCAAUUCACACAUUAGAAGAACAACCAAAAAUUAAUUAUGAGAAGUUAGUAGAAGUUCCCAUUCCUCCUCUACUCCAGUUGUCUGCUGAACGAAUCGAUUCGAAUGGAAUCUAUUUAAUGGACGACAGUGAAACAUUAACAAUAUUUAUUGGUCGCAGAAGCUCAGACCUUCUUAUACAAAAAUUGUUUGGAUAUGUCAAUUUCAAUGCAAUGCCGGAGAUGAUUGCACAAGUACCAGAGGUAGAUUCUAAAUCGUCUUAUUUACUGCGUACCUUUGUUUCUUACUUACAACACUUCAAGCCAUAUCCAUUACCAAUAGAAAUCAUUAAGGAAAAUGGGCCACAUAAAUUACGGUUCUUUAGUCACUUAAUUGAAGAUAAAUUUGAGUCGACCAUAUCAUACUAUGAGUUCUUACAGAGAAUAAGUCAGCAAAUAAGAUAAGAGACGUUAAUAAGGGAAAAAAUAGGUUUUGAAACCAGAUUAUCAACCAAUUGAUUUUUUUAACCAAUAAUUAUAAUUAUAUAUAUUUUAAAUGAAA